AUGGCUAACAGUACACAAGAUUCACUCACUGUACUGGAAAGAAGGAUUGUUGAUGGUUUCAUUGAAAUCGCCGAAGAGAAAAUUUUCUCUGCAGCGGGAUUGAAGGUUCCGGCGCGAAAUGAAGACAUCCAUCUUGCAUUCGACAGGUGUUUGCAUAACUUAAACACUUUGGCGAAGAAAAAGCUUCAGCUUGUCGUUUCUUUGCUGCAGAGGUGGAAGAGAUCACUGUUUGAUGCAGUCCGAACGACUGUGGAUGAUGGGCUCUUCAAAGCACAUCUGCAGACGAUUCAUGAGAAGAAAGACGUCGAACAUCUUAGUAAGAUCAAAAGCAUUCUAGAAUCGUCGGGCUCAAACCGCGAUGUUGCUGAGAUCGAAAGUUUUGGAGAAGGUCUGAUGGUGGAUGUGUUUGCAACCAUCAUGGAAUCCUUUGAUGGAAGGAACCUUGACUCCCAGUUGAUCGACGAGAUCACAGAUCAGAUCGUAGCCCGUUGUCAAAGGUUGGAGUCCGAGCAUGACAAUGAGGUCAAAGUCCUCUCGAUGAUCUGCUGCUUUCGUCUGCAGUCGUUCGUCUCCAAACUUCGGUCGGCGAUCCUCAACCUGCAAUCAUCAGAGAAGGCUGAAGGUGUUGAUGCGAUGUUUACCCUUGCUUUGAUCAACCUGACCACCACACUGACAGGCAUGCGACUGGUCAGUCUCUUCAGAUCAGUCUCCUUCAACUUCUGCAGCGAAGAGAAUGUUGUGGAGUCAGUCCAUGCACUGAAAGUGAUGACAGAGCUCUGCAAGAGCAAAAGCAUCAAGUUCAAGAAGACGGAAUUCCGUCAAGACCUACUAGCUAUCCUUUCAACUUGUCUUAAAGACUUUGCAAGCAGCCAGGAAAAGUUGAGUUUGAACAACAAGGCGUGGGGCUCAGCUAUUGAGGAGCUGUGGAGUCGUUGUGCUGUGAUGAAGGAUAAGAACAAGUACACUCUCAGCGCUGUUCCUCUCAUGGCUGCCCUCCUCCCAGCCCUUCCGGCCGACAAGUUUGACAAAAGAGCGUCGGAGUUGUUGACAAAGGACAUUUUCGAUGUGAUCUGCUCGUCAAAGACCGCAGGAACAUUCGGCAAAGUGUUUGGGAAGGGGAGCAGCAGUUGCGAGAUGAAGUUGAUGGCCCUUGAAAGCCUCUGGACAGUCCUGUCUGCAUGCUCAGGUUGCGAGAGAAGUAAAAUCCCGCAAUCAUGUCAGGCUCUGCACAAGAUCAAGGAAAACCUGCCAAACAUCUCCAAGGGCAAUACUUCUAUCGCAGUUAUGCAAGCGACCGCAGAUCUGAUCACCCUCUUUGGAAACGACAUGUCAUACGCGAACGAGUUGAAGAUGUCCCAGUUGACUGCAGAGCAGAACAAGAUCCUGUCCUUCAUUGGUUGCGAUUGGACCUUCGAGGUUGUAACUUCGUUCCUCAAAGGAGAUUUCGACCAGAGGCUUGUCGGAGUGUUUGCGAUGCAGAGGAUAUGCGUCAUGCUGAGCCCUGUGGCAAAGGAGGAGGAGGGAACGAAACUCUACGAGUGGAGGAGCAGAUGGCAACUUUUCUCUUCUCCUCUUCAGAAUUCCUUCACGGAUGUUCUGAGGGAGUUGGACCUUCAGGUCGGGUCGAUCUCGGUAUUCCCACUCCAGCACAAGACGAAGAAGACGAGCUCGCACAGCAGCUCCUCCAGCAAACCUCUGGCAAGCAAGGGCGUCAUAGCAGCCCUCUCUUGCGUUCCCUUCAUGGAGCCAGCAAUGGAGGAGGAGGAGCUGAUUGCCCUGCUGACAAGACUAUCGGCGAACGAGUCCCCCACCAUCCGGUCGCAUGCUCUCUCCGCCAUGGCGCGCUUGCUCCUCUCCUCGCUCUUCGAGACUCUGCAGGGAGAAGAUGACGUCAGCAGGGCUGCGAGGAGGAUGAAGAGGCUGUUAGAGUCGCUCGCAUCCUCUUGCCUCGAGCUUUUCUUCUGCGUGCAUGCUAUCUUCGAGGAGCGGCUGAGCGACGUCAUGGUGAUGCUGAUGCAUGUCAACGAGUUUGCGGGGGUUUCGAGCCUGUCGGCCAGCUGGGAAGAAGACUCUCUGGUGGACGAUCUUGUGGACAUGCUGGAGGCGCUUGGGGUGGUUGCGCUCGCUCAUCGCUCGUCUGACGUGCGACGCCUGGGCAUGAAGGUGAUGUGGAUGACAAGGAGUCUCUUCGGAGGGAGGAGGAGGCAAGACAGCGCGAUCAACUGCUUGAUGACUUGCUUCCAAGAGGGAAGAAACUUCAGGCUGAAACUGAAGAGCAUCACAGACCUGAGCAGGUACGCGGAGGAGGAGCAUGAGAAGGGACGUGAGGACGAAAUUCUCCGAUGUCUGGACGCCUUCAGCCAGGACGAGAGCUUGCUCGAGAUGUUCGCGUGGAGUGACAUGAUGUGCGAGGCCGCGUCGUCGCUCUCUUGCAGGAAGAAGCUGUUUGCGCGUUAUGUGGGAGAAGUUUGUACCCGGAGGUUCUUCGAGCUGAGCAAGGAGUACGAGACAAAGAAGAGCGGAGAUGAGAUCCCGCGGGGCUUCUGGAGGGAAUGGAUGUGUUGCGCAGUCAUGGCUAUCGCAGGCGGUGAAGGAGGAGGAGCUUGGAGUCAGUUUCGCCUGUUCGAUCACAAGGGAGCACACAAGAAGCAUGAUGUCAUUGUGCAGCUGGCGGCUCAUCUCAAGGAUCCUCUCGACGAUCAAGCUUCCUACAUGUUCGAGUUUGUGCUGGGGAAGUCCUCGGGUAUGGAGGAGGUGGCGGCAGCGACCCUGUCAAACAUCAAGGUGAUCGACGAGCCCAAAAUGAAAAAGAAGGCAAAAACUUCAGUCAUCCUCCUCCGCCGCCUGCGCCUCUACUCCUCUCUUGCUGCCCAGAUGCUUCGUUUCCCUCUCACCCAAGAUGCCAAGCAGCAGGCAGAGAGGCUCCUCCUCGUCGUCCAGGACGCCGUUGGCUACCUCGCAACAGCAUCAGAGGAGAAGCGAAUGGUCCUGCUGCUUCCCCUCUGUAAGUUCGUCGUCUUUGCGGCUCCUCUACUCGAUCUUCACGCGUCUCCUUCUGCAUGGUCCCCCGAGCUGAGAAGAAAACUCUUCGACUACCUUUGCAUGCUGGAUCCCAGCAAGACCCAGGAAGGUGCCAGGACUCACCUUCCUCACCUGUUUGACUUCUCAGGUGGUGACGUCAUCGUCCUCCCGAAGCUCUGGGCUCUCUCCUCCCUGCUAGCUGGGCCCUCCUUCGAGCUCUCGGAAGACAGCGAGAGGGAGCUGUGCUCAAGAAGACGGGAAGGGGAGCAGGAGGAGGCCGGAGGGACGAAGCGAUGGAUCAACGACAGCCUGUGCCAUGCUGCCCUCCUGCAGCAGCAGUGCGGCAAGCUCGCCCUUCACCAUCAUCUCCUUGGGGACCCUACAGGGAAGCAGUGGAGUAUUCAAUGCGUCCACCUGUCCUCCAGCUGGCUGUCCAGCUGUCACUUUGACGUGCUUGCCUCCUCGAUCUUAGCUGGGAAGGUGAGCCUGCCGGAGGAGGAGAUCAUAGUCUCCUUCAUCCUCAUGAUCGGCGACGAGCGCGAGGAGACCCGGAGACACGCGGCCGAGCUGCUGGCGCGGACGUGCGAGCAGCUGGACCCGCUGGCGAGGAUGACGUGGACAUCGCGUUCCUCGAGCAUCAGCAAGUCGGAGACCUACGGGACGAGGGUGAUGUCGGCAGGGGAUCGGAUGGAGCUGAGAAGGCGGGCGUCGAGUCACGUGGCGAGUUUGUGCUCCCUCGGUGACAGAGGGGACGUGAUCCGACGCGUGUCCUCCUCCUUCCUCGCCAGACUGUUCCAGCUGCAGAGGAUGGCGAGGGAGGAGCACAUCCUGCAGCGCACGCGUGCUCUCCUGCUUGCACUUUCUGCCUGGAUGUCUGUGCUGGACCUCGCUGCCCUGGGGGGAGACGCUGACGCCCUGCUCACAGACCUUCUCUUCCUCUUCGACGGCAUCUCUGACAGCAUGCAGGAGGAGAAGCUAAACCUCUGGAAGGCUCUCACCUCCGUCCCUGGCAACCGCAAGACUUUCAUCCUCCUCCUCCUCCGCCUCCUCUCCUCUGGCAAGUUCGACCCGCAAGGCAACGACCGCGUCCUCAAGCAGGUUCACUGCGCAGCCGCUGGCGCAUGCGGCAGCUCGGGGAUCGAAGUGAUUCUCCUCCUCUGCGAUCUGCUCAGAGUUUCUCCCCAUCCCCUCUCCUCGCAAGCCCAGCUCAACCCUUCCUUGCACGUCAACGCUGCGUUUCUUGGGAAGCAGGAGGAGGAUGAGGAGGCAGACGUGGAGGAGGAGGAGACGAGCGGAGUGAAGAGAUCAUCAGUCAUCAUCCUGCUUGCCGGGAUCAUCAACAAGUUUGCUCGCUGCGAGCAGGAGGACUGGAACCUGCUGCGCGAGAAAUCAGCCAUUCUCCUUCACACCUGCGUGUGUGGCCUGCAGGACACGAGCAGCACCUGCCUGCAGUCCAGCUGCAAGUUUGUGCUGGUGUCGCUGAUGCGUAUCCUCAUGCGAUCGCCCUCCCCAAGGUCAAGUACUUCCAACUUGUUCCGCAUCGUCAGCCCUGAGGAGGAAGGAGACUGGUCGGGCGAAGAGAGGGGCAAGGGAGAGGACGGGCAGGAGGAAGUGAACAGGCACUCGGCCAUAGAGAGCAUCGCUUCAAGCGUUUUCGAAGCGAGCGCGGCAGGAGAAGGAGAUCUUCACUUGCUGGAAAGUUUCCUCGACCUGAAGCUCAACAGGGUCCUGGAAGCCGUUGGCAUGUCAGACUCCCUCGACCUCCGGCAGGCCUGGGCGCAGGAGGCGCUCAACUCUGCCGUGUGCUCGGGCAGAGAGGCUGACGGAGGGCUGCAGCUUUCCAAGAGCCUGACCAUCUUCCGGAGACUGCGAGCUGAGGUGCAGUGCCAGGACGUGCUGAGAAUGCUCAAGUUGCUCUCCUCCCUCCUCUCCCGCUCCCCAGGGAGCCUCCAGCAGCAGCUGGACUGCGUCAAGACUUUGCAGUUCAUGGCCAGCUCGAUGCCGAGCUCGAAGCUGCUUCUGGUCCCGGAGCUCUUCUGGUCCUCCAUCGCCCUCCUCUUCUCACUCAACGAGGAUGUGUACUGCUCUGGCGUCUCCCUCAUGCUCCAGAUCCUGCACAGCUACGACCUCAGAGACUCCUGCACGCAGAACAUCCUCUUCGCUCAUUCGCCGCAGGACUGGAACCCUCCUUACGAGGGCAUCAAGCCGCUCCUGCUCAAAGGUAUAUGCAGCGAGAAGAGCUACGACGCCUGCUCCCGCCUCCUCCUCAAAGUGAUGAACUUGUCCGGAGGGAUCCUCCUCGACACGACCCCUCGCCACUCCAUCCUCUGCGUGGUUGUCCAGCUCCCCAAGGUCCUGUCGGGUGACCAGCUGGGCUCCGAAGACAACAGGGAGACGAUGAACGAGCUCUCUAUCGCUUGCAAGAACCGAGGUUUUACCAGGUUGGCUGAUGUCUUAGCAAGAUUCCCUUCCUUCCAGGACCCUCGCGCCUUCAUCCAAGACCUCCGCGCUCCUCUCGCCUCCUCCAUCGCCACCGUCUCAGGGGCUGGGCGCAACAACUUCGAGAGCGAGGUGACGCACAUGCUCGUCGCGAUGCUCAACAAGGGCCCCGUGCGCAUGAGGAGAGCCUCCAUCAUGCUCGUCUCCAUGCUCCUCCAGGAGGGAACGUUCGCUCGAGCUGUUGAAGAGGCAAGGACGGAGCUGGGAAAUGCCUUGCUGAGCCAGACGAGUGGGGCCUACUCGCAGGAGGCAGAUGAAGCUCUCCUGACCCUGAUCGGCUCGUGA